AUGAAGCUGGGGAUGGAGGGAAGUUGCUCUUCUUCCAGGUGCCGGCCGGUGGCCAGAGCAAAGCCCGGGUCCUGGACAAUGGCCAAGAACAAAUGGAAAGGGCAGAAGCACAGGAAUGUGUUUCACAUAGCCAGCCAAAAAAACUUCAAGGGUAAAAGUAAAACAAAACCCGUGACCACGAAUCUUAAGAAGAUAAACAUUGUGAAUGCUGAAAAAGUUAAAAGAAUGAAUGAAGCUUUUGUGGACAUACAGAAGGAGCUUGCUCACUUUUCUCAAGGCCUUUCCCUCGAGCCUCUGCAGAAACAGCUGGCUCUGCAGCCAAGUCCAGAAAACAAACCAGUGAAUGUUGACGAAGCUACGAGAUUAAUGGCUCAGUUGUAA